ACAGCGCUGCUCUGGGAGUUGAUGCAGACAUUCUCUAUGUCUGAAUGGGCACCUGGUUUGCUUCAAGCAGUGAACUGAUGUAUUUAGAGCAGUGGUUUGCACACAGACACCUGCAGCCUUUGUUCUACAUGGAGAUGGCUCGUUUGGCCCGUGGGUGUUUCCUCCCCUGGCUCAUGGCACUUCCUUCCCAACCCACGUGGGUGAUCCAUCCACUGUUGGUUCAUGGUGUGUGGGGAUGAGCCACUUCCAUUGGGAAAAGAGCAAGGAUGAGGAUGAGCAGACCCCAAAGCUCAGCAGAUAGGUGGAGGGGCAGCACAUCUCUAGCAGCUGCUGCACGUCGCCAAGAAAUCAUUAAUUAAGGUGAUGAAAAUGGUUAUUUUAGCUCAAAAUUGGUAAGGAAAAUGAUGAGUCAUGGCCUCUGAGUCUCAGCUCCUCCUGACGGGAAAUCUGAUAUUGUCUUAAUCUUCACCUGAGCCUAGUAACUGCUCCGAGGUCACAUGGGAUCAUCAGGCUCUGCACAGUAUCUCCUAAACAAAAUUAUGCAGGGAGCAGACACAGCUCAGGACCUGACAAUAUAGGAGUGAAGAAAAGCACUUACCUUGCACUCUCUUGAGAUGCAACAGCAUCCAGGAACUAUUGAGCUGAGCCGAAUCAGAAGAGGAAGGAUUUUGUGUAAAAUCCGAAGUGCUGUUUGGCAGAUGCAUUGUAAUGGAUCUGUUUCCUCCCUCUCCAUUUUAGUUUAUGAUCUUUUCUACUUUUUUCUUGUUGUCUGUUUACUGUAAUUAUUCUUCCCAACAGGACACACAGUUCUCAACCCAAGUCAUGUUUUCAUUUAGGUGUAUUAAAAGAGGGUAAAUUCAGCCAGAAACUUUGUUAAAAUUCUCGGCAAUUGUAAGUAACUGUAACUGUAAGUAACUGGUGAAGUUAAACUACAAAAAUGUAGCACAAAUGGAUUGUCUGGGCUGCUAUUGGACAUUCCUGGGGUAAGGCUGUAAGAGACCAAGUUUUGUACGAAAAAAACAGUGCUUCUCAUUUAGAAUUACUGUUUUCAGUGUUGGAUCUAGAUGAUCUUUGAGGACCCCUUCAACCCAACCUUUCUGUCAUUCUAUGAUCUUGAAGGACCCUUCCAACCCAACCAUCCCAUGGUUAUGUGAUCUUUAAGGACCCUUCCAGCCCAACCAUUCCAUGGUUCUAUGAUUCUGUGACUGUCUGGAGAAUGCUGUGUCUACUUCUGGGAAGAGGCUUUCAUCUGGUCACUGAGCACCCAAAAACUUGUUCACUUCUAUUUACACUAACUGGUCUAAUGGCAGCUCUUAGCUCUCCCUACAAACCCUUCAUUUAGGGGAUCUUCCCAGGGGAAGAUCACAAAGACCUGACCACACAACCACUGUUCAACUGAAGGGUACCCAAUGUGGCUUCCUCCAGCACCUUUGAAAGGAAGACCAUCAUUGUGGAGACACAAGCCAAAGCUGAAGUCUCAUAGAUGCUCUCAGCUGCAGGACUUGACUGCCAAAUGCUUUUUGACACGUCCAUGGCCAUUAUAUCUGCAACAGUACGUGCUGGGGCUGGAAAGGUGGAAGCCUGCACAGAGAUGGAGAGAGGAUGGAGGGGGGGAUCAGAGCAAUGCUCGGUGAGAGAAUCUGAGCAGAACAUCUUGGUUUAAUUGAUGGGUGUUUACACAUCUCUCAGGGCUUCUUCUUUUCUGUUUACAACUCUGUAUUCAUUAAAGCUAAGAUCAAUACAGACAAUUUUUUAUUCCUAUUUCUGUUUUCAAGACACAGCCUCAGUUUUGUGGACCAAAGGCUGUUAGCAAGAAGACACAACCUCACCACCCUCCCUGUCCAUGCAGCCCUUCAGAAGCAAUGCUUAUAGACAGGAACGAGAAAAAAGUGAGAAAAGGAAACUAAGGCAGAAAAGUCUUUGCUCUGUGUGGUGCAUUCUUGGUAUGUGUGAAGCAAGGUGAGCCACCCCCUGCCCAAGUCAACAGGAGGACAAUAUCAAGACCUUGUGCCUCAUAAAAUGAGAUGCCGAAGGAGGUGGGGAAAUUCAAGAGAUAUCAAACCAUGGUGAGGUGCAUGGAUAACUGUGUGAACUGUAAUUAAUGACGGAGGGGCAAGCUAAUGAGAUAAGGAAAUCUCAUCUGAGCAAAGCUGAUGAGUCAAGCAGGAUUUGUUGGAGUUUCACAACUCCUCCAUUGGUGUGUGCUGUUUACUCUAUUGCCCGCUCAAGUGCCCAAUAAUUGUUGCCUGAUGAUAUAAACCAAUAAUAACACUAACAGACCUGAUAAUUACCACGGAAUGGAGACGAACUUCUCCAAACGUAUAAAGGAGAACUUCUGUCACCCCCAGCAGAGAAGCUGAGGAUCCUGUACUCUCAUUUCUCCUCCUGUUUUACAGCCUUCCCCAUCUGCUCUCAUCUUUACUCUCUGAAGCAUCACUAUGAGCCACCAUUUCUUCAGAUUUGGCGAUGGGAAUUUCAGUUCUUCUUCUGCUCACUGUGGCACACUGGGGAGCGGAAGAGGCUCCUCUGCCAUGAGCCAUUGGGAAGAUGAUGGAGGACAAAGAUUUGGUGGUUAUGGCUAUGGGUAUGGGCAUGGGUACGGCAGCAGGAGCCUCCACAACCUCAGUGGGCUUAGGAACUUUUCUACUGGUGGAAUCUACGGAGGAGAUGGAGGGUGGUAUGGAAGGCAUGGGGGGUAUUAUGAUGGGAGAUACCUGGACAGGGACUUAGGGAGAAGGGUGUAUUUUGUGGGGGAUUUUCAAGGUGGGGCAGGUAGGAUGUAUGGAGGAGGCUCAAGCAGGGGAAUGCUCAGUGGAGGCCUUCGUGAGCAAGGGGCUGGGCAGGGCUCGGGGCACCCUGCUGCUGGUGGAGGUAUCGAGGAGGUCCAUGUCAACACCAACCUGCUGAGGCCAAUACAAGUGCAAGUUGACCCCGAGUUCCAGAGAAUGCGGUCAGAUGAGAAAGAGCAGAUUAAGACGCUCAACAGCAAAUUUGCGUCAUUCAUCGAUAAGGUUCAAUGCCUGGAGAGGCAGAACCAGGCUCUGAUGACCAAAUGGGAAUUGCUGCAGCAGCAAAGCUCCCGGCCGGAGGAGAGCAGAAGCAUCACCUCCUUCUUCCAGUCCUACAUCAAUAACCUGCAGAGGCAGCUGGACAUGCUCCAGAGCCAGAAAGAGCAGCUGGAUCCAGAAGCCUAUGAAAUGCUUCAGCUUGUUGAAGAUUACAAAAAGAGAUUUGAGGACGAAAUCAACAAGCGUGCAUCUAAAGAAGAGGAAUAUGUGGAGCUUAAAAAGGAACUGGACAGUACCUACAUGAGAAAAAUGGAGUUUGAAGUUCGGGUGGAAAUACUGAAGCAGGAGCUUGAGUUCCUCCGAUGCUUAUAUGAGGCGGAGCUGUCCCAGCUGCAAACAGUAGUUGACAACACCAAUGUCAUUCUGUCCAUGGACAAUGGCAGAGAAGUCAACAUGGAUGGCAUCAUUGAAGAAGUCAGGCAGGAGUAUGAGAAGAUUGCUCAGAAAGGCAAAGAUGAAGUCAAUGCCAUGUACCAAGGCAGGUACCAGGACCUUCAGAACAUGCGGGUAAAUCAACGAGAGCAACUGAGGUACACUUACCAGGAAAUCCAAGAACUUACCAGGCAGAUCCAAAGACUGCAGCCGGAAAUUGAAAUAGUCAGGAGAGAGAAUGACAGCCGCCAAGAGGCCAUCAGAGAUGCUGAGCAGCGUGGGAGCUCUGCAGUCAAAGAUGGACAGAAAAAGCUGCAGGAGCUGGAGAAUGCUUUGCAGCAGGCCAGGGAAGACCUUGCUCGAAUUCUGCAUGAUUAUCAGGAGCUUCUGAAUGCAAAAUUGUCCCUGGAUGUUGAAAUUGCCAUGUACAGGUCACUGCUUGAGGAGGAGGAGACCAGGAUACAGGAAGGUUCGCCAGCCACUGUCCGUGUUGUUACACGCAGUGGGAGCAGUGCAGGAGGCUUUGGAAGACAGUAUGGUGACUUAAACAGAGAAAAAGAAGAAAUGAGCACUGAUGAUAGCAACAGGAUGACAUGGACAGAGAUAACACCGGGAGGGGGAAGAGAAGGUGAAAGAAGAGAUAGCGGAUCAACGUAUGGGAGUAGAGAGCAUAGGGGUGGAGAAGCAGGGAGAUACCAUACGGGAAGGAGCUCAGGCUCAAGCUCAGGAUAUGGGUAUGAAUCAGGAGGGAGAAUUAGCAGAGCAGGGUCAACGUCUGGAGGCGGCCACAGCUCUGGAGGCUUUGGUGGAAGCUCUGGCAGUGGCCGCUGCAGUCCUCACGGUGGAGGGCUGAGCUCUGGAGGGAGCAGUGGCUCCGGCAGGAGAGGGUCCAUUUCAGGGGAAGGAGGAAGCUCAGGUCAUGGGGGAUCGAGCUAUGGCAGUGGAAGUGGAGGCUCCAUCUGUGGAGGAGGAGGCUCUGGGUCCUCGUCCAGAGGAAGCUUUGGCAGUGGUGGGUCCUCGUCUGGAGGUGGCCACAGCUCUGGAGGCUUUGGCUCGAGCUCUGGCAGCGGAUCUGGCAGGAGAGGGUCCAUUUCUGGAGGCGGUGGAAGCUCAGGUCAUGGAGGUUCCAGCUAUGGCAGUGGAAGUGGAGGCUCCAUCUGUAGAGGAGGAAGCUCUGGCGCUGGGUCAGGAUCUGGGGGUAGCUUUGGCAGCGGUGGUUCGUCAUCUGGAGGUGGCCACAGCUCUGGAGGCUUUGGUGGAAGCUCUGGCAGUGGCCGCUGCAGUCCUCACGGUGGAGGGCUGAGCUCUGGAGGGAGCAGUGGCUCUGGCAGGAGAGGGUCCAUUUCAGGGGAAGGAGGAAGCUCAGGUCAUGGGGGAUCGAGCUAUGGCAGUGGAAGUGGAGGCUCCAUCUGUGGAGGAGGAGGCUCUGGGUCCUCGUCUGGAGGAAGCUUUGGCAGUGGUGGGUCCUCGUCUGGAGGUGGCCACAGCUCUGGAGGCUUUGGCUCGAGCUCUGGCAGCGGAUCUGGCAGGAGAGGGUCCAUUUCUGGAGGCGGUGGAAGCUCAGGUCAUGGAGGUUCCAGCUAUGGCAGUGGAAGUGGAGGCUCCAUCUGUAGAGGAGGAAGCUCUGGCGCUGGGUCAGGAUCUGGGGGUAGCUUUGGCAGCGGUGGUUCGUCAUCUGGAGGUGGCCACAGCUCUGGAGGCUUUGGUGGAAGCUCUGGCAGUGGCCGCUGCAGUCCUCACGGUGGAGGGCUGAGCUCUGGAGGGAGCAGUGGCUCCGGCAGGAGAGGGUCCAUUUCAGGGGAAGGAGGAAGCUCAGGUCAUGGGGGAUCGAGCUAUGGCAGUGGAAGUGGAGGCUCCAUCUGUGGAGGAGGAGGCUCUGGGUCCUCGUCCGGAGGAAGCUUUGGCAGUGGUGGGUCCUCGUCUGGAGGUGGCCACAGCUCUGGAGGCUUUGGCUCGAGCUCUGGCAGCGGAUCUGGCAGGAGAGGGUCCAUUUCUGGAGGCGGUGGAAGCUCAGGUCACGGAGGUUCCAGCUAUGGCAGUGGAAGUGGAGGCUCCAUCUGUAGAGGAGGAAGCUCUAGCGCUGGGUCAGGAUCUGGGGGUAGCUUUGGCAGCGGUGGUUCGUCAUCUGGAGGUGGCCACAGCUCUGGAGGCUUUGGUGGAAGCUCUGGCAGUGGCCGCUGCAGUCCUCACGGUGGAGGGCUGAGCUCUGGAGGGAGCAGUGGCUCCGGCAGGAGAGGGUCCAUUUCAGGGGAAGGAGGAAGCUCAGGUCAUGGGGGAUCGAGCUAUGGCAGUGGAAGUGGAGGCUCCAUCUGUGGAGGAGGAGGCUCUGGGUCCUCGUCCGGAGGAAGCUUUGGCAGUGGUGGGUCCUCGUCUGGAGGUGGCCACAGCUCUGGAGGCUUUGGCUCGAGCUCUGGCAGCGGAUCUGGCAGGAGAGGGUCCAUUUCUGGAGGCGGUGGAAGCUCAGGUCAUGGAGGUUCCAGCUAUGGCAGUGGAAGUGGAGGCUCCAUCUGUAGAGGAGGAAGCUCUGGCGCUGGGUCAGGAUCUGGGGGUAGCUUUGGCAGCGGUGGUUCGUCAUCUGGAGGUGGCCACAGCUCUGGAGGCUUUGGUGGAAGCUCUGGCAGUGGCCGCUGCAGUCCUCACGGUGGAGGGCUGAGCUCUGGAGGGAGCAGUGGCUCCGGCAGGAGAGGGUCCAUUUCAGGGGAAGGAGGAAGCUCAGGUCAUGGGGGAUCGAGCUAUGGCAGUGGAAGUGGAGGCUCCAUCUGUGGAGGAGGAGGCUCUGGGUCCUCGUCCGGAGGAAGCUUUGGCAGUGGUGGGUCCUCGUCUGGAGGUGGCCACAGCUCUGGAGGCUUUGGCUCGAGCUCUGGCAGCGGAUCUGGCAGGAGAGGGUCCAUUUCUGGAGGCGGUGGAAGCUCAGGUCACGGAGGUUCCAGCUAUGGCAGUGGAAGUGGAGGCUCCAUCUGUAGAGGAGGAAGCUCUGGCGCUGGGUCAGGAUCUGGGGGUAGCUUUGGCAGCGGUGGUUCGUCAUCUGGAGGUGGCCACAGCUCUGGAGGCUUUGGUGGAAGCUCUGGCAGUGGCCGCUGCAGUCCUCACGGUGGAGGGCUGAGCUCUGGAGGGAGCAGUGGCUCCGGCAGGAGAGGGUCCAUUUCAGGGGAAGGAGGAAGCUCAGGUCAUGGGGGAUCGAGCUAUGGCAGUGGAAGUGGAGGCUCCAUCUGUGGAGGAGGAGGCUCUGGGUCCUCGUCCGGAGGAAGCUUUGGCAGUGGUGGGUCCUCGUCUGGAGGUGGCCACAGCUCUGGAGGCUUUGGCUCGAGCUCUGGCAGCGGAUCUGGCAGGAGAGGGUCCAUUUCUGGAGGCGGUGGAAGCUCAGGUCACGGAGGUUCCAGCUAUGGCAGUGGAAGUGGAGGCUCCAUCUGUAGAGGAGGAAGCUCUGGCGCUGGGUCAGGAUCUGGGGGUAGCUUUGGCAGCGGUGGUUCGUCAUCUGGAGGUGGCCACAGCUCUGGAGGCUUUGGUGGAAGCUCUGGCAGUGGCCGCUGCAGUCCUCACGGUGGAGGGCUGAGCUCUGGAGGGAGCAGUGGCUCUGGCAGGAGAGGGUCCAUUUCAGGGGAAGGAGGAAGCUCAGGUCAUGGGGGAUCGAGCUAUGGCAGUGGAAGUGGAGGCUCCAUCUGUGGAGGAGGAGGCUCUGGGUCCUCGUCCGGAGGAAGCUUUGGCAGUGGUGGGUCCUCGUCUGGAGGUGGCCACAGCUCUGGAGGCUUUGGCUCGAGCUCUGGCAGCGGAUCUGGCAGGAGAGGGUCCAUUUCUGGAGGCGGUGGAAGCUCAGGUCAUGGAGGUUCCAGCUAUGGCAGUGGAAGUGGAGGCUCCAUCUGUAGAGGAGGAAGCUCUGGCGCUGGGUCAGGAUCUGGGGGUAGCUUUGGCAGCGGUGGUUCGUCAUCUGGAGGUGGCCACAGCUCUGGAGGCUUUGGUGGAAGCUCUGGCAGUGGCCGCUGCAGUCCUCACGGUGGAGGGCUGAGCUCUGGAGGGAGCAGUGGCUCCGGCAGGAGAGGGUCCAUUUCAGGGGAAGGAGGAAGCUCAGGUCAUGGGGGAUCGAGCUAUGGCAGUGGAAGUGGAGGCUCCAUCUGUGGAGGAGGAGGCUCUGGGUCCUCGUCCGGAGGAAGCUUUGGCAGUGGUGGGUCCUCGUCUGGAGGUGGCCACAGCUCUGGAGGCUUUGGCUCGAGCUCUGGCAGCGGAUCUGGCAGGAGAGGGUCCAUUUCUGGAGGCGGUGGAAGCUCAGGUCACGGAGGUUCCAGCUAUGGCAGUGGAAGUGGAGGCUCCAUCUGUAGAGGAGGAAGCUCUGGCGCUGGGUCAGGAUCUGGGGGUAGCUUUGGCAGCGGUGGUUCGUCAUCUGGAGGUGGCCACAGCUCUGGAGGCUUUGGUGGAAGCUCUGGCAGUGGCCGCUGCAGUCCUCACGGUGGAGGGCUGAGCUCUGGAGGGAGCAGUGGCUCUGGCAGGAGAGGGUCCAUUUCAGGGGAAGGAGGAAGCUCAGGUCAUGGGGGAUCGAGCUAUGGCAGUGGAAGUGGAGGCUCCAUCUGUGGAGGAGGAGGCUCUGGGUCCUCGUCCGGAGGAAGCUUUGGCAGUGGUGGGUCCUCGUCUGGAGGUGGCCACAGCUCUGGAGGCUUUGGCUCGAGCUCUGGCAGCGGAUCUGGCAGGAGAGGGUCCAUUUCUGGAGGCGGUGGAAGCUCAGGUCACGGAGGUUCCAGCUAUGGCAGUGGAAGUGGAGGCUCCAUCUGUAGAGGAGGAAGCUCUGGCGCUGGGUCAGGAUCUGGGGGUAGCUUUGGCAGCGGUGGUUCGUCAUCUGGAGGUGGCCACAGCUCUGGAGGCUUUGGUGGAAGCUCUGGCAGUGGCCGCUGCAGUCCUCACGGUGGAGGGCUGAGCUCUGGAGGGAGCAGUGGCUCUGGCAGGAGAGGGUCCAUUUCAGGGGAAGGAGGAAGCUCAGGUCAUGGGGGAUCGAGCUAUGGCAGUGGAAGUGGAGGCUCCAUCUGUGGAGGAGGAGGCUCUGGGUCCUCGUCCGGAGGAAGCUUUGGCAGUGGUGGGUCCUCGUCUGGAGGUGGCCACAGCUCUGGAGGCUCUGGCUCGAGCUCUGGCAGCGGAUCUGGCAGGAGAGGGUCCAUUUCUGGAGGCGGUGGAAGCUCAGGUCAUGGAGGUUCCAGCUAUGGCAGUGGAAGUGGAGGCUCCAUCUGUAGAGGAGGAAGCUCUGGCGCUGUGUCAGGAUCUGGGGGUAGCUUUGGCAGCGGUGGUUCGUCAUCUGGAGGUGGCCACAGCUCUGGAGGCUUUGGUGGAAGCUCUGGCAGUGGCCGCUGCAGUCCUCACGGUGGAGGGCUGAGCUCUGGAGGGAGCAGUGGCUCCGGCAGGAGAGGGUCCAUUUCAGGGGAAGGAGGAAGCUCAGGUCAUGGGGGAUCGAGCUAUGGCAGUGGAAGUGGAGGCUCCAUCUGUGGAGGAGGAGGCUCUGGGUCCUCGUCCGGAGGAAGCUUUGGCAGUGGUGGGUCCUCGUCUGGAGGUGGCCACAGCUCUGGAGGCUUUGACUCGAGCUCUGGCAGCGGAUCUGGCAGGAGAGGGUCCAUUUCUGGAGGCGGUGGAAGCUCAGGUCAUGGAGGUUCCAGCUAUGGCAGUGGAAGUGGAGGCUCCAUCUGUAGAGGAGGAAGCUCUGGCGCUGGGUCAGGAUCUGGGGGUAGCUUUGGCAGCGGUGGUUCGUCAUCUGGAGGUGGCCACAGCUCUGGAGGCUUUGGUGGAAGCUCUGGCAGUGGCCGCUGCAGUCCUCACGGUGGAGGGCUGAGCUCUGGAGGGAGCAGUGGCUCCGGCAGGAGAGGGUCCAUUUCAGGGGAAGGAGGAAGCUCAGGUCAUGGGGGAUCGAGCUAUGGCAGUGGAAGUGGAGGCUCCAUCUGUGGAGGAGGAGGCUCUGGGUCCUCGUCCGGAGGAAGCUUUGGCAGUGGUGGGUCCUCGUCUGGAGGUGGCCACAGCUCUGGAGGCUUUGGCUCGAGCUCUGGCAGCGGAUCUGGCAGGAGAGGGUCCAUUUCUGGAGGCGGUGGAAGCUCAGGUCACGGAGGUUCCAGCUAUGGCAGUGGAAGUGGAGGCUCCAUCUGUAGAGGAGGAAGCUCUGGCGCUGGGUCAGGAUCUGGGGGUAGCUUUGGCAGCGGUGGUUCGUCAUCUGGAGGUGGCCACAGCUCUGGAGGCUUUGGUGGAAGCUCUGGCAGUGGCCGCUGCAGUCCUCACGGUGGAGGGCUGAGCUCUGGAGGGAGCAGUGGCUCCGGCAGGAGAGGGUCCAUUUCAGGGGAAGGAGGAAGCUCAGGUCAUGGGGGAUCGAGCUAUGGCAGUGGAAGUGGAGGCUCCAUCUGUGGAGGAGGAGGCUCUGGGUCCUCGUCCGGAGGAAGCUUUGGCAGUGGUGGGUCCUCGUCUGGAGGUGGCCACAGCUCUGGAGGCUUUGGCUCGAGCUCUGGCAGCGGAUCUGGCAGGAGAGGGUCCAUUUCUGGAGGCGGUGGAAGCUCAGGUCACGGAGGUUCCAGCUAUGGCAGUGGAAGUGGAGGCUCCAUCUGUAGAGGAGGAAGCUCUGGCGCUGGGUCAGGAUCUGGGGGUAGCUUUGGCAGCGGUGGUUCGUCAUCUGGAGGUGGCCACAGCUCUGGAGGCUUUGGUGGAAGCUCUGGCAGUGGCCGCUGCAGUCCUCACGGUGGAGGGCUGAGCUCUGGAGGGAGCAGUGGCUCCGGCAGGAGAGGGUCCAUUUCAGGGGAAGGAGGAAGCUCAGGUCAUGGGGGAUCGAGCUAUGGCAGUGGAAGUGGAGGCUCCAUCUGUGGAGGAGGAGGCUCUGGGUCCUCGUCCGGAGGAAGCUUUGGCAGUGGUGGGUCCUCGUCCGGAGGAAGCUUUGGCAGUGGUGGGUCCUCGUCUGGAGGUGGCCACAGCUCUGGAGGCUUUGGCUCGAGCUCUGGCAGCGGAUCUGGCAGGAGAGGGUCCAUUUCUGGAGGCGGUGGAAGCUCAGGUCAUGGAGGUUCCAGCUAUGGCAGUGGAAGUGGAGGCUCCAUCUGUGGAGGGGGCGGCUCUGGCUCUGGUUCUGGUUUUGGUGGAAGCUUUGGCAGUGGUGGUUCUGUAUCCCAUGAUGCUGGAACUUUCAGUGGAGGGUCAUGUAUUUCACCUGGCAGUCACAGCUGUGGUGUUUCGGGUUCGAGUUCUUGUGGUGAAGGUUACGGAUAUGUUGGUUCAUGUUCUGGGGAUAUCUCUAGUUCUGGCAGGGAGGGUUACGGCUUUGAAAGUGGGCAUUUUUCAGGAGGGGAUGGAUGUUAUGAGGGUGGUGGUGAGUGUGGUGGAUAUGAAUAUUAUGGUCCCAGAGCUGAAACUGGAGAAUGCAGCUCUGAAACAGGGCCAUCUUGUCCAAGAUAUGGUUACUUGUCUGGGUCAGGUAUUGGCUAUGGGACUUCCGAUUUUUCUGGUGAUUAUUACCACAAGUAGUUUUGCUGCUGGAAUGGGAAUAAGGCAUUUUCAUUGCUUCCAGUGCAAGCAUGGCUUUUCUCUCCAUAACUUUUCUCCAUAUACAGCCAUGUGCUGAAUCCUCCGUACUGCCACUGCCGCUCUUCUUUUUUGUGAUUGUGUUUUGAUGAUUUGUCUUGUUUCCAUAGUCUUUUUCUGUAAUGGCCUGAGCACUUCAGCUCAUUUGGUCUUGGGCCUUUUUCUUUGCCAACUAAAAGCUUGAUAACCUG